AUGGAGUGUAAUAACACUCUUUUACAGAGCUGUGUCCCUGAGGUUUUGAAUGCAACAAGUCCAACUGUGAAUUCAGGCAAGACAAAUCUUCCUAUCAUUGUAAGGAUAUUACUAGCAAUAGUUAUGAUGUCAAUGAUUGCAGUUGGUUUCCUUGGUAAUGCAAUUGUGUGUUUAAUUGUGUAUCAGAAGCCUGCAAUGCGCUCAGCAAUCAACCUGCUCUUAGCAACCCUUGCAUUUUCUGACAUCAUGCUGUCUUUGAUAUGCAUGCCUUUUACCACGGUCACCAUCAUAACAGUUGAGUGGAUCUUUGGAAGUUAUUUUUGCCGGAUAUCUGCUAUGCUUUACUGGUUCUUUGUCCUAGAAGGUGUGGCAAUACUUCUGAUAAUCAGUGUUGAUCGCUAUUUAAUCAUUGUGCAGCGGCAAGACAAACUGAAUCCUCAUCGUGCCAAAAUAAUGAUUAUCAUUUCAUGGGCUGUUUCCUUCUGUAUUUCAUUUCCAUCAGUGAUUGGCUGGACUGUGGUGGAAGUGCCUACACGGGCACCCCAGUGCGUUCUGGGGUACACAGAGACUGAAGCUAACCGCAUUUAUGCAGUGCUCUUGCUGGUGACUAUUUUUUUUGUUCCUUUUGGUGUGAUGCUAUACUCUUACCUCUGCAUUCUGAACACAGUGCGAAGGAAUGCUGUGCGGAUCCACAACCAUGCGGACAGCCUUUGCUUGAGCCAAGUGGGCUUGCAGCGCCCUCAUCAAAUAAAUGUUGAUAUGAGUUUUAAAACCCGAGCCUUCACAACUAUUUUAAUCCUCUUCAUUGGCUUUUCCAUUUGCUGGUUGCCAUACACAGUGUAUAGUCUACUCUCCGUUUUCAGCAAGAACUUUUAUCACAGUCAGUCCUUCUAUACUGUUAGCAUCUGGGUUUUGUGGCUCACUUACCUGAAAUCAGUUUUCAAUCCCAUCAUCUACUGCUGGCGUAUUAAGAAAUUUCGUGAGUCCUGUAUGGAAUUCAUGCCAAAAACAUUAAAAAUUCUACCAAAGCUGCCUGGCAGGACGAGACGGAGAAUCCGGCCCAGCACAAUUUAUGUUUGUAGUGAGCAACAGUCAGCUGUAUAA